AAGCGCUCCGGUCUCGGGCCAAGCGCUCGGGGCGAGGGAGGGGGCGAGGGAGGCAUGGCCAAAGGAUGGCUCCAUGUCGCAGUCGAGAUCGUAGCUCGUGGCAACGCGGCCGAAAUUGCUCAUUCGUCGUCAUCGAGCAAUAGGCCAUGCCGAUCCAGCUUUCCAAUCCCCGAGCAUUUGAGUCGUAGAGCGAAAUCUUCCGAACAUUUGCAAAGCGCAUUCUUGCCCGAGGUGCGCACGCGUGGAUUGGUUCGCGUUCGAGGUCACAGGGCAGGCAGGGCCCAUGGCGAGCGCGAGGGAUCGAUUGAUGUGACUGAGCCUUCUUGCCCUAUCCCGCCUGCCCGCUCGCUGAGGCCAGGGGCCACCUCCUCUCGUUCUUGGACUCGCUCGCCCGUCUGCGGUGGUAGAUUGUGAAUUGGGGGACCGCCGUGGAAGAGAGCGCUCUGGCUUCGAAGAAUUCAGCGCGACGAAUCCCAAGGGUGACUUGUGAAGCAAGAUUCAUACCGCCAUCGAUGGUCGCGGUCUUGGACAUGCAGUCGGACGAUCAGUGGAAGUCUUUAGCAGCUCUGGCCGUGCUCACGCCCGUCUCUCAGAUGGUAUUUUCCGGGUUUCUUGCACAGAGCAGAGCAUGCAUAGUUCGAGAUACCGCCUGCUUGAUUCAGACUCGGCUGUUUGGAUAUAAUAUUCGCGUGCGGUCUCCCACUUCGGGGUCCACCAAUCGCCUGUCACGCCCAAACCAACAGUGUCUUGAAGGCGAACGGCCCGAGUGAGAAAUCGCGGAUUGCGUAUGGACAUUUAGGUUUGCUGAAGAGUUCCACACAAAAGCAGUUCGUUUUCCAACAUUUCUUCUCUGGGCAAAUUCGCGGGUCUCACCUCUUCCCGCUCCGCGUACGCUGGAGUUCGAGAUCUUCACAGGGACCUGCAUGCUCUUGGGCACGAUAAGCUUUUCCGAGGACAGAUGUAGCAUCACCAGUUGGUCCCCGCGAUCGUUACAAUACACUCCCGACACUAAAAGCGGCAUUCAGCUUCACUGGAGACGAUUCGAGACUUCGCAUCAACAGGAUCAGCCUGGGAACCAAUUCAGCUCUGAUGGAGAGUGAAGAUGUGGCUUAUCGGGAUUCUCAGACUUCCUUUGAGAAUGAAUCGAACUUCUGUGAUCUUUCCGAAGACUUGGUCGAGAAGAUUUUGAAGUUCCUCCCCGUGGCGGAAUCCUUCAGGCUGCGUAUCGUGUGCAGGAUGUGGAAUCUUCUCUUUCUCAAGCGCGCGAAAGCGUUUAGCCCUAUAUCACUGCGGAACCGCUCAGGCAGUGCAGUGUUUUUGAGGCGUGGAACCAUCUUUCUCUCUCCGAAGCAAAGGAAGCCCCUGGCUCUCUAUCGUCACGUCUAUUUUGAACGCAUGAGCAAGUACUGGAAGUGAAACCUUGUCGAGUCGAUGUAUCCUUCAUCGGAUCUGCUUGCAAAACCUGGAGAUAUCAAAAGACUGGUAACAUAGGAAAUGUGAUCACAGGUAUGGAGGACUCGCUUCUUCAGGACUGAUGGUCGGAUAGCUUCGGCGUAAAAUGUGGAGGAAAGAAUCAUCAUCAACUAAAGUACUUCGUCAACAUUGCUGGAAGGUCACAAAACGAGAUUGAUUCCGAUCCCUGCGCACUUCGGUAGUGCAGGAGAGCCCACGCAUGCUGAUAAACAAUUUCUGUCGAGAACUUUCCCUAAUACCAGUAAAUAGAGGUUUCUGUUUCAUGUACCUGUUGAUGACGACUAAGAGUGUAAAAGGCGAUCGAGUAAUGAGUUAAUAAAAGCUGAAAAGAUAGGCAAGCGGGUAGACGAGCAACAUAGCGGAACAGUACAUGUACAAAUUGCCAUCCAGAAAUGAUUGUAGUAAAGUUCGUAAAAGACCGUAUUGUACACAUG